CCAAUCCCUGUGGCUAUCCCUACGCCUAUACUAGUAGUAAUACUACUACUUAUUACUCUCUAUGCCUCCCUCCCUCCAUCCAUCAUUCAUAUUUCAAUUUCAAUUUCAAUAAUUAUAGUAAUUCAUUAGGAGAGGAUAUGAUGAUAUGAUAUGAUACGAUACGAUGAAGUGGGGGAGAAGAAGAAAUCCUGCAACUUCGUCUUCUCAAUCUGCAUUUGCAUCUCCUCCUCCUCCUCCUACUUCCUCCUCCUCCUCCUCUUCUUCUUCUAUAAUCAAACGCGUCUUUCGGGGUUCCUGGUUCUCCAGGUUCAGACAAAAAAGCAGCUUCUUGUCCGAGACAAAUUCUGCUUCUUCUGAUAAUAAGAUCAACAAGCAUCACCACCUUACUACUGCUGGCCUUCUUACUCCGAACGCGUCAUUGCCCGACGGGAGAGUCUACAGCAUGGAUGAAGACGAUGCGUAUUGGAGGAUCUCUUUCAGUCAGGAAAGAGUGAUCCACCACCACCACCAGCAAGGAAGGAGAAGCACCGGAGGGAUUAACCCUCUUUGGUACGAUGAUUCUGAUCCCCCUGACUUUGAACUGCUUCCCGCUAAUUCCAGAUUAGUUGAGAGCCAACAAACAAGGAAAGCAGAAGAAGAAGUAGCAGACGAGCAACAAUGGCCCAAGUUCAGCGACAUGGUCUCGGACAUAAAGAAGAUGAAAGAAAAGUGGAAACUUCCAGCACAGACUCACGGGGACGCACCAGCACCAUUAUCGAUCGGAAGGAAUGGAGUUGGAGGAGGGAGUGCUUCAUUGAAUGGGCAGGGUUGGGGGAAUGAACUGAGGCAUAACUAUAGAGAUGGAGUUGACGAAGAAAGGGUUAUUUUGCCAAUUGAAUUGGGCAGUGAAGAGGAGGAGGAAGAGGUUCAAAUGAAAGGUCAUCGGGUUAGGACUAGGAGGAGGACACCUAAUACUACUAGUGCAUCCUCCUCCAACAGCAGUUCAAGAAAACAGCCGACAUUGCAUCAUCCAAAUUCUGUCAGCUGGCCAAAGAAUAGGAGCAGAGGUGGUGGUGGUGAAGGCUGCUACCACUACUCCCCAAGACCAAGACCAAGACCAAGACCAAGACCCGAAUGCAAAAUCAGGGCUCUUGAGGAGAUGAAAAUUGCAAGAAUCAAGUGCAAAGAUAAGAAGGCGAAGACGAAGAAUGGAGCAGUGAUGGAGGAAGAGCGAGUGCCGGUGGUGUUCGACAGCUUCGCAGUGGUGAAGAGUUCAUAUGAUCCACAAAGGGACUUCAGGGAAUCCAUGGUGGAGAUGAUCAGGGAGCAGGGGCUGUGGAGGCCCCAAGAUCUGGAAGAGCUCCUCACAUGCUAUCUCACGCUCAACGAUGACGACUACCAUGAUCUCAUCAUCAAGGUCUUCCGCCAGGUCUGUCUGUCUGCCUCUGCUUCUGCUUCGACGAGGAGGAGGAGGAGCUUGCUUGCUUUAUCUAGCUAGACUGACUACUACUACUACUACUGUACUAUAUUGUUGUUGAUGUUCUCAUUAUCAUCGGUCAGGGUCAGGGAGGGAAGGCAGGCAGGCAGGCUGUGAAUAAAAAAUACUCCUGUUGUCUUAUCAGAAAUGAGGAAUUUUAGAUCAAUCAAAUCAUAAUCAUAGAGGGAGGUGUUGCAGCAUUGUUCCUUCAUUUUAUUGUUUGUCGAUCUCCAACU